AUGAGCAUCUAUAAGCAGCUCCAGACCUCUGAUGAAAUCAUGCAAACAAACACAAAGGACAUGAUCUGCACCAAAUCGUCUGAUGUAGUUAUGGACUCUAAGCUGAAAACACUUAGGAAUGAUAAACAUCUUAAACCUGAUUACACAGAGGAACAUGAAGAUCCAAGAGAUUACUGCUACGGUGGGUAUCACCCAAUCCAGGUGGGAGAUGUGUUUAAUAAGAGAUACAAGGUUCUGUCAAAGCUGGGUUGGGGUUAUUUCUCUACUGUAUGGCUCUGCAUUGACCUCAGGUCAGGCAGGCAUGUGGCUGUGAAGGUGUUGAAGAGCGGAGCUGGAUUCACUCAGGCUGGCCAAGAUGAACUGACAUUACUGCGAUGUGCCAGUGGUCCCACAGCCCGCAACCCUCUUAAAGGACGUAUAGUGCAGUUACUGGAUGAGUUUAAGAUAGCUGGUGUGAACGGCAUUCAUAUUUGUCUGGUGUUGGAACUGCUGGGGCCGGACUUGCGCUGUUGGCAAGUGUGUUUUGGUAAUCCAGGCCUUUCUCUCACCUGCGUCAAACACGUCAUCACUCAGGUGCUUGAAGGUCUGGAGUAUCUUCACAGACACUGCAAGAUCAUUCACACAGACAUCAAGCCUGAGAACAUCCUGCUGUGUCUCACACCGCAGUCCUCAUCUCAUCCUCCAGGGGGCGCGAUACAAACUUACUCUUCAGUCAUUAAAACCACCAUGCUCCAGGAUCCCGGUAAGAAAAUCUUGAAAUCUGGAAAACCUGGAAACUUGGAUAAUAUCACGGUGAAGAUUGCAGACCUUGGCAGCUCAUGUUGGGUGUACAAACACUUUUGUCAAGAGAUCCAGACCAGACAGUAUCGCUCUCUGGAGGUUCUCCUAGGUUCUGAAUAUGGUCCUCCAGCUGACAUCUGGAGUGUGGCCUGCUUGGUGAGUCUACAGCUGUCGACGGUGUUUUGUGAAAUAGAUUCAUCCUAA